AGAGAAGGAAAUGCGUUGUUUAUACCUAACAGAAACAUUCAAUCUCAACGCAAAACCAACCACACAACCUCAAAGAAACAACCUCAUCCCAUGCAAGCCCUAAAUUACUCCUCCCCCUUCUCCUUUGUCACCUCAACCAUUUCUUUCGCACCCCAUCUCUCCCAUGGAGGAUGAGCGGGUCGUCGCGUCUUCCGCCGGUAACCGGUUGCUGUCGCCGACAUCCCACGCCGCCGCCCCAACCAACAUGAAUUUACCUCCCCCUCCGGGCCACCCCUUAGCCACCUACGUCGUCCAAGUCCCUAAAGACCAAAUCUACCGCGUCCCACCGCCCGAGAAUGAUGGCAUCGUUAACCGCUACCGCGAGGAGGCCAAGGCCAAAGGCAAGAAAGGAAAAGGGAAUUUUUGCAAUUUCUUUUUAUGGUUCGUCAUUGUUUUGCUCCUCCUCGGCGUUAUAAUAUGCGGAACCCUAACGUCGAUUUACUUCAUCUUCAGCCCUAAACCCCCCAGUUUCGCCGUCACAAAGCUCCACGUAAAGCAACAGAAACAGGGCAGUUCUCCCACGUAUGAUGUGACUCUGAAAGCCAAGAAUCCGAAUGAAAAGAUGGGGGUCCAAUGCAAAUCAGAUAAAGACGGCGCCAUCCUCGAUUUCUGGAUUAAAAACCUCGGAUUCGGAGACUUUCCGGGCCUCAAACAAGAGGCCGGCGUUUCAAGCAACGUCAAUAUUAAAAUCCAUGGCUUGAAAUCGAAAACGGUGCCGCUUAAUGUUCAGAAGAGCAUCAGCGACAAAAAGACGAAACGUCAAAUCUCUUUGAAACUGAAACUGGAAUGUCCAUUGGUGUUCAACGUUUGGAUCUUAAAGCUUUGGAAGAGAGACUUGGAUGUCAACUGUGAUUUUAGGGUUAGCACCUUGGCACAAGGAACCAAAAUUCUGUACCAAAAGUGUACGACCAAAAUGUCUUAAAGAUUCAUGCCCAAGGUACGGCCAACGACCUCUUGAGAUUGCUCCCUGCAAAAUUUGAACUUUUUUCUUAUAGACAUAUAUAGUUUCAUGUGAU